AUGUUGGAAUCCAGUUAUUAUUUGAAUUUCCUAGAGCCAGUCAACAAUAUCACCAUAGUCCAGGGUCAGACAGCAAUUCUGCACUGCAAAGUGGCAGGCAACCCACCCCCUAGUGUGCGGUGGCUGAAGAAUGAUGCCCCAGUUGUGCAGGAGCCCCGGCGUGUCAUCAUUCGGAAGACAGAAUAUGGUUCUCGAUUGAGGAUUCAGGACCUGGAUACCACAGACACUGGCUACUAUCAGUGUGUGGCUACGAACGGGGUGAAGACAAUCACAGGCACAGGCGUUCUGUUUGUGAGGCUUGGUCCAACACACAGCCCAAAUCAUAACUUUCAGGACGACUAUCAUGAGGAUGGAUUCUGCCAGCCUUACCGGGGCAUUGCUUGUGCACGCUUCAUUGGGAACCAGACCAUCUUUGUGGACUCUCUCCAGAUGCAGGGGGAGAUCGAGAACCGGAUAACAGACCAGAAAGAGUAUGCACAUCCAAAAACUUCAACAGGGUUAAAAGAGAAGCCAAAGAUUGGAGGGAAAUAUUUGGGGAACAUUGGAACAUCCCCUCCCAGGUUCAGCUCACAUGCAUUGUUUGUUGCCCACUUGCGUUUAAAUAUUUUAUUUGGUGGUCCCCAAGACAGCAGCAAAAUGGGAAUUCUCUAUAUAUUGGUUCCGAGCAUUGCAAUACCCUUGGUUAUUGCUUGCCUUUUCUUCUUGGUCUGCAUGUGCCGGAAUAAGCAGAAGUCUUCAGCAUCCACACCACAGCGAAGACAACUGAUGGCAUCGCCCAGCCAAGAUAUGGAAAUGCCUCUCAUUAGCCAGCAUAAACAGGCCAAGCUCAAAGAGAUCAGUCUAUCCUCAAUGCGGUUCAUGGAAGAGCUAGGGGAGGACCGAUUCGGGAAGGUCUACAAAGGCCACCUCUUUGGCUCUACACCAGGGGAGCAGAUUCAGGCUGUGGCCAUCAAAACACUUAAGGAUAAAGCCGAGAUGACCCUUCGGGAAGAAUUUAAGCAUGAAGCUAUGAUGCGUUCAAGACUCCAGCACCCCAACAUCGUCUGUCUUCUCGGAGUGGUGACCAAAGACCAGCCCAUUAGUAUGGUUUUCAGCUACUGUGUCCAUGGUGAUCUACAUGAGUUUCUAGUGAUGCGCUCACCACACUCAGAUGUGGGCAGCACUGAAAAUGACCACAUUCUGAAGCCUGCUCUGGAGCCCCCUGACCUUGUCCAUGUUGUUGCCCAGAUUGCUGCAGGAAUGGAAUAUCUGUCUAGCCACCACGUGGUACACAAGGACCUCGCCACUAGAAAUGUUCUUAUGUUUGAUAAACUGACAGUGAAGAUCUCAGACCUAGGCCUUUUCCGAGAAGUAUACUCAGCUGAUUACUAUAAACUGAUAGGGAAUUCAUUCCUGCCCAUCCGCUGGAUGUCCCCAGAAGCCAUCAUGUAUGGCAAGUUCUCCAUUGACUCUGAUAUCUGGUCCUAUGGUGUGGUCUUGUGGGAGAUCUUCAGCUACGGCCUACAGCCUUAUUGCGGCUACUCUAACCAGGAUGUGGUAGAGAUGAUACGAAACCGUCAGGUGCUGCCCUGCCCAGAUGACUGUCCCUCCUGGGUGUAUGCCUUAAUGAUUGAGUGCUGGAAUGAGUUCCCUAACCGGAGGCCCCGAUUCAAAGAUAUCCACAGCAGGCUCAGAACCUGGGGGAACAUCUCCAAUUACAACAGCUCUGCACAAACCUCAGGGGCCAGCAACACCACCCAGACCAGCUCCCUCAGCACCAGUCCUGUAAGCAAUGUGAGCAAUGCUCGCUAUGUGGGACCCAAGCAGAAGUCCCAGGCCUUCCCACAGCCCCAGUUCAUCUCCAUGAAGGGUCAGAUCAGACCACUGGUGCCCCCACCCCAGCUCUAUAUCCCUGUCAAUGGCUAUCAGCCAGUGCCAGCCUAUGGAGCUUACCUGCCCAACUUCUAUCCUGUUCAAAUCCCAAUGCAAGUGCCUCCUCAGCAAGUGCCUCCCCAGAUGGUACCCAAGCCAGGCUCCCAUCACAGUGGCAGUGGCUCCACCAGCACAGGCUAUGUCACUACAGCACCCUCCAACACGUCUGUGACUGAUAGGGCAGCCCUUCUAUCUGAGAGCACAGAGGAUGCUCAGAACACUCCAGAGGAUGCAGCUCAGAAUCCUGUGCCAGAAGUAGAGGAUGAAGAGGAAGGCUCUGUCCCAGAGACAGAGCUUCUGGGAGACAAUGACACCCUUCAACUGGAAGAGACCGAGGCACAGCUGGAGGCCUAA